AUGCUUGAUAUGGGAUUUGAACCACAAAUUAGAGAAAUUUGUGAAGAUAAUGAAAUGCCACCUGUUGGAAAACGUCAAACAUUAAUGUUUUCUGCUACUUUUCCUAAACAAAUUCAAAGACUUGCUGCAGAUUUCUUAGAUAAUUAUGUCUUUAUUACUGUUGGAAGAGCAGGAAGUACUGUUGAAUCAAUUCAACAAAUUAUUUUAUGGGUUGAAGAACAAAUAAAACAAGAAGCUAUUUUAGAUGUUUUACGAGAAUUUGCUGGAAAAGGUGAGAAAACAGUUAUUUUUGUUGAAACAAAGAGAGGUGCUGAUAUGCUAGAAAAUUAUUUAUACGAUCAUGGAUACAAAGUAGAUAGUAUUCAUGGAGAUCGUUCUCAAGCUGAUCGUGACUUUUCAUUGAAAAGGUUUAAAGAAAAUGUUAUUCAAUUACUUGUUGCAACUGAUGUUGCUUCUAGAGGAUUAGACAUUCCAGACAUUGAGGUUGUGAUUAAUUAUGAUAUGCCAAAUGAAAUUGAGAGUUAUGUCCAUCGUGUCGGAAGAACUGGACGGGCUGGUAAAAAAGGAACAGCAAUUACUUUCAUUAAUGAUAAAACCCAAAAUUUAAUACCAUCGUUAGUCUCAUUAUUAGAAGAAGCAAAACAAGAAAUCCCAGACUGGCUAGAAGAAAAGGCACAAGAAUACAGAAAACCAUUUGGCUCAAAAAGAGGUAGAAAAGGUGGGUUUAAUAGAAGAGGAGCUGGAAGGUUUGGAGGAAGAGACAGAAGGUAUGAAAGAAGAAGAGAAGAAGAUUGGGAUAAUACUAGGUCAAUUAGUACACCAAUAAAACCUCAUUUGUUCGAUUAA